AUGCGGAGUAUAGACAGGCAUUCGCUAACCAAUCGUUCUUCUGGCAGACCGACAACCUCUCACGCGCGACCCAAAACCCCCACAAAGUCAUCUCCUGCGAUCUCCACGUCGCACCUGGGUCGCAGGUCAGGAACCUCAGUAGUUUCGCCUCCCCGACAACCAUACCCCGGAAUCAUGACCGAGGGGGUCGACGAGUGGGGUCGCGACCCCGCCGAUGAGGAUGACGACGACGACGACGAUGAGAUUGUUUAUGAUGAUGACGAAGAUGAAUUCGGACUUCCAAGCCUUGCCAGUAUGAGAAGAAAAAAGUCCGCGCCAUUGAAGCCGAAGACAACUACUUCCAGCUUAGGGGCCGGGGGUAGCUUCUCAACAUUGGGGUAUGGACUGUCCGCGAGCAACAGACAACGGGCGGAUAGUGCAGAUAUCGCCGAAGAGCGUGGCGCUCCUAUGUACCCGGCAGCUAGAAAGGGGGAGGGCAAGAUCCUUCGGCCUCAAUAUAAGGAUAUCCUGCAAGAUCCCGCGAAUGCUUUGAACCUCAUCAAUCACUCCCCUCCGCCGACAGAUGCUUCUCCGAAGGAGAGAGACAUUCACUCGAGUCGCAUCACUCGAAUCAACAAAUUCAAGCGCAUUCUACAGGCCAGCACAGUGUCACCCACCGAGUUGCGGGAUCUUGCAUGGUCAGGUGUCCCGGAAGAAGUGCGGCCAAUGACCUGGCAGCUGCUACUCGGAUACCUCCCCACUAAUAGCGAGCGACGCAUCUCCACCCUUGAACGAAAGCGCAAGGAAUAUUUAGACGGCGUUCGACAGGCCUUUGAGCGAGGCAGCGGCGCGAGCUCUGCAAACCCUCCAGCUUCAACCAAAGGCCGCGGCAGAGGCCUGGAUGAAGCAGUUUGGCAUCAGAUCAGCAUUGAUGUUCCGCGCACCAGUCCUCACAUUCCGUUAUAUGGGUAUGAGGCUACUCAAAGAUCCUUGGAGCGAAUUCUUUACGUGUGGGCUAUACGGCAUCCUGCCAGUGGGUAUGUCCAGGGUAUCAACGACCUAGUGACGCCUUUCUGGCAAGUCUUCCUUGGCGUCUAUAUCACCGACCUCAACGUCGAAGAGGGCAUGGACCCUGGCCAAUUGCCCCGCAGCGUGUUAGAUGCGGUGGAGGCCGACACUUUCUGGUGCCUCACUAAGCUCUUGGAUGGCAUCCAGGAUAACUACAUCUAUGCCCAACCGGGAAUUCACCGACAGGUCAGAGCGCUUCGUGAUUUAACAAUGCGCAUCGAUUCGGCCCUAGCGAAGCAUCUCGAGCAUGAGGGGGUGGAGUUCAUGCAAUUCAGUUUCCGAUGGAUGAACUGUCUGCUCAUGCGGGAAAUGAGCAUUAGGAACACGAUACGCAUGUGGGACACUUAUAUGGCCGAGGAGCAGGGCUUCUCCCGGUUUCACCUUUACGUUUGCGCUGCGUUUCUGGUCAAGUGGACCGAUCGAUUGGUCAAGAUGGAUUUCCAGGAGGUGAUGAUGUUCCUCCAGGCAUUGCCGACCAAGGACUGGACCGAGAAAGACAUUGAGCUUUUGCUGAGCGAAGCCUUCAUAUGGCAAAGCCUGUUUCAAGACUCGCGUGCCCAUCUCCGACCCGCUGGCGACGAUCCUCCUGAAAAUGGUAUCUUUUAUUGA